AGAGAAAAUACUGUAGGCUCGUGGUGAUUCGAGAGGGAGCAUUCGAUGGUCGAAGGUGUAGCAGUGAAUGGCGAUAUAGGAGGACAAGGUUUGGGUUUGGUGGGCAGAGGAUGGGGGAGAGGGAAUCCGAAGGUGGCGUGAGGAUAGCUUUAGGGUUUUGAGUGUUCUAUACGGAAGUUUAGAGGAGAGGGGAGUGUAGAGAACUAAACAAACUCACGUUGAAAAACCAAAGUGAAAGGGGGAGUCGAGAAUCGCGAGCGAAGAGUGUUCAGUGGAGAGUGAAAGCUGAUAGAAAAGAGGAACCAAAUCCUGGGGAGUUAACUCAAGAACAUGGCAGGAAGACCAAAUACCUCGAACCCAACAUCUUCUAUUGAAGGGAUGGUCAAUGUGAUGCAACAACAGCAUGCAGCUCAGGUGCCUCAGAAUCAUGAUUGUUUGAGUGAUUUUAUGAUGCACAAUCCAUCCAAGUUCAAUGGGGAGGCUACCCCUGAUGAGGCAGACGCUUGGAUUAGAAAAAUUGAGAAGAUCUUCAAGGCGAUCGCAUGUCCAGAGAAACAAAAGCUCGUUUAUGCAUCCUUUCUGUUGGUGGAUGGAGCUGACUAUUGGUGGGAUGGUAUGCAGCAGAUAAUGGAGGAUCGUUGUGAGGCCAUCAACUGGGCCAGCUUCAGGACGAGGUUUCUGGAGAGAUACUUCCCAGAUAGUUAUAAGUUUCAACGAGAGGCUGAAUUCUUGGUGUUGCAACAGGGCAAGAUGACUGUGCAGACCUAUGUGGACCGAUUUGAGUAUUUGGCUCGGUUCGUCUCUCAAAAGAUGAGCGAAGAAUAUAGGUGUCGGAGGUUUCAGGGAGGCUUGAGGCCCGAGCUAAGGAUAGUUAUUGUGCCGUUGAAGAUUAAGGAGUUUCCAACUUUGGUGGACAAGACCAAGAUGAUAGAACAACUGCAAGUGGACCUAAGUCUGGAUGUGAGGACUCAAAAGGGUAGUUUUUCUGGUGAGAAACAACAAAGGAAGCCUUACGAUAAGCCUCAACAGUUCAGUUGUGGAAAGACUGAUGGGAAGAGUUGUUUCAUCUGCAACAAGUUAGGGCACUUUGCUCGUGCUUGUUCUGAGAGGAAGCUAGUGAGUGGACCCCAACAGCAGAAAUCUUCCGGAGGGAAGCCAACAGCAGCCAGGAGAGUUUUGGUGAUGUCUGAUGUGAAAGUGGCUCAGUCAGAUCUCAGGGACACAAAAUUGCAAACUGGUGUAUUUACCUUGCAUGAAAUCAAAGUUGCAACAAAUAACUUUGAUGUUUCCAAUAAGAUUGGAGAAGGAGGCUUCGGUCCUGUUUAUAAGGGCAUUCUGCCCAACGGCAAACCAGUAGCAGUUAAGNAACUUUCUUCUAAUUCAGACCAAGGAACCCGGGAGUUUAUAAAUGAGAUUGGCAUGAUCUCUGCUCUGCAACAUCCUAAUCUUGUUAAACUUUAUGGUUGUUGUGUUGAGGGUGAUCAAUUGUUGUUAGUGUAUGAAUAUAUGGAAAACAAUAGCCUAGCACAUGCUUUAUUUGACUCAGAAGAUCGCCAUUUAAAAUUGAAUUGGGCAACAAGAAAAAACAUCUGCAUUGGCAUUGCUAGAGGUUUAGCUUUCCUGCAUGAAGAAUCAAGACUGAAAGUAGUUCAUAGAGACUUCAAGACCUCUAAUGUANUGCUUGAUGAAGACCUAAACCCGAAGAUAUCUGAUUUUGGUUUGGCCAGACUUCGUGUGGGGGAUAAUACACACAUAAGCACCAGAACUGCAGGGACUUGGGGAUAUAUGGCUCCUGAGUAUGCAAUGCAUGGUUAUCUAACUGAAAAAGCAGAUGUUUUUAGUUUUGGAGUUGUUAUCUCGGAAAUUGUAAGUGGUAAGAGAAACACUAUUCGGCAGUCAAAAGGGGAAGCUUUCNAUCUUCUGGAUUGGGCACUUUUGUUGAAUGAGAGAGGUAACAUAAUGGAGCUAGUUGAUCCAAAGUUGAAUUUAUAUUUCUCUAUUGAGAUAAGGUUGGUUAUCAAAGUGGCUCUCCAUUGCACCCAUGUUAAUUCAAGCUACAGGCCCUCUAUGUCUUCAGUUCUAAGCAUGCUUGAAGGCAGAACAAUGGUCCCCCCAGAGUUUGCUUCACAGUGUAGUGAAGUGAUGGAUGAGAUGAAGCUCGAGUUAAUGAAAGAGUAUUACAGUGAAAUGGAUGUAAAUAAAACAAAUAACAGAAGAAGUUUGAGCUUAACCAAAGGUGUUCCAUGGACUGAUUCUUCUUCUUCAACAGCUACGGACAUUAAUGUGGCUCACCUUGAUGCUUAAAACAAACUGAAGAGUCUGUGAAUUGCAUCCAUUUGCUUGAUUUGCUGAGUUUGUUGGUUGUAUCAUAGUUCAAUCACAAAUAAUUUAAGACAUGGUAAAACCAACAUUACUUUACUAGUCAGAAGAUUCUAGACUUUGUGCAGUGUGCAGUGUUAAAGAAAAUGGACAUGAUCUUGAUUAUCAAAACCCCCAUGCAAUUUUUAAGUGAUGUAUGAUUUAAUGUUGUGCUUCAUGAUAGGUUUAACUAUUCAUUUGGUUUUUUUUCAUAGUUAAACAAAAUUUACAUUUUGAUUCU